ACAUCAAUACAGCUAUAUAAAAAGUGCCCCUCAUGUCUUCACAUGUUAUUCUUCAAUUUUCAGUUCUCUUGUUAUAGUCUCCCUUUCUACCCCCUUCUUCAUUGCUCUGUCAAAGGUUUUUCAUCUCAAAGCUUUUUACCUUCAGAGGAACAUAACCAGUAAAAGAGCUAGCAAGAUGUUAUUGAGAAGCUCUUCAACUCCAGUUCUUGGAUCCCUCAUCUCAUCCAUCUCAGAUCAGAGUCCUAACCACCACCAUUUCCAGCCUGAAUUAGCAAACAAACACCAGCCAACAACUACUGUUCCUCAAUGUCUCAAUAAAUUCCCAUUUAACCAAGGAGGGUCUCAGAGCCUCACCUUCUCAUGCAAUUCUUCUCCAAUCUCACCUUCUGUCUCCGAGCUCUCGUUUGGUCGAUGCUCAAGCAGUGGAUUUCGAAGGGCUCAGUCUGAAGGAAAUUUGGAAGGGUUAGCUAAUGCCUCUGGCGAUAUUGAUGAGUUUAGUUUCUCAAAGCCAAUGAAGAAGUUUGCAGGGAGGUCUAGUGGUUCCUUCCUGGAGACAAUCCCGUCCUUUUCCUUCCACAAAUCCUCGGGCAAGUAUGAAGAUGACAGUGAAUAUGAAGAAGAUGAUAACGAAGAAGACAGUUUUGAAGAUCAAGAUCAGCAAUUCAAUAAAUUUACAAGUUAUGGAACCAAUGAAGAAAUGAAAUAUGUCAAUGCAUAUGCAAAUGUCGGGUUACAAAAGGAGCGUAAUGAAAAUUCACAGAUGUAUCUUGCAAGGGGGCUUGGAAUCUCCGGAGUUGAUAUGAACUUUGGUGGUAAUAAUGGAUCUUAUGGUGGAUUCGGAGGGGGCAACAGAUCUGGAGAUGAUGAUGAUGAUAAGGAUGUCGAGAAGCACUAUAAAAAGAUGGUUCAAGAUAACCCUGGAAACCCAUUAUGUUUGAGGAAUUAUGCUCAGUUUCUGUAUCAGACUAAGCACGAUCUUCAGGGAGCAGAGGAAUAUUACUCCAGGGCAAUUCUUAUAGAUCCCAAUGAUGGUGAAAUACUUUCACAAUAUGCUAAACUAGUAUGGGAGCUUCAUAAUGACAGAGAAAGGGCUACAGGAUACUUCGAAAGAGCAGUUCAUGCUGCUUCUGAAGACAGCCAUGUUCAUGCAGCAUACGCUAGCUUCCUUUGGGAAACAGAAGACGAGGAUGAAGAUGACACCUUGAAUGAAUCCCAAAUUCUGCAACCAAUUGUUCAGAGAGGACCCAUGGCUUCUGCAACCGCUUAAUAUUAGCAAGUAUAGCAUAUAAUCUAUAACUAGGAUUGCAGUAAAAUAUUAGUAUCAAAAUAGGGGUAUUCUACUAUUCUUCAAUAAUGAUAUAUGAAGAUUUUCAGGUCUCCUCCAUUCUAGUUACAUAUAUUGUACACAUGUAUGCAAACAAAGUUGUUUAAACAUGUGAUAUAUUUGACGAUUA